GCAGGACCGCGAGGGCCUGAAAUCCGCGGAUGCUGACUUUGCAUCAAGCAGAUGGGCAUCCUGAACAACGCGGACGUACAGUCGUAGUAGACCUACAUUUCACGCUCUAUCGUGAUAUUUUUAGGCUCUACUGUAUGGAGUUGUUCGGACCACUGACUAUGGCCGACUUCCCUUACCCGGAGCAACUUCAUUCUUUCCUGCGAAACGUUUUGCCUCUCUCGUUUUCGAGCAAGAAGAAGAGACACUAGUACCUAGAACCGUCCUGGGAUUAUACUUCGUGAUAAGUGUGAUUCAUUGCGAUUACUUGUUCUCUCAGUCUCGUACUGCUUCAAGAAUCGGGGUCAACACCUAGUACAACAACUACAACGUCAACGAACAAGUGUUUUGAAAAUGGCGAGCUUUGGAUCUCCUCACGAUCCCAGCGGGCAUUGCCGAGUAUGCAAUGCUUUAAUCGAAAACGAUUCCCGAGAAAGUGCCGAGCAAAUAGAAAAAAGCACAAGGGUACUUCAUUCUAUGAUGUAAGUAUGCACGUAUUUUUGAUGUGUACAGUAGUCUUCUACUCCUAUUUUCAUUCGAUCAAUACUCAAUCAGUCAAUCAUCAAUCAACAGCAAGCAUCAUGUUAUUUGGUCAACAGGAGCAAGUUUAGUAUGGUAUUUGGGCUUUGCUAAGACUAGGUCUGACAAAGCAAAACCUGAAAUCGGGCACAUUCAUUCAUUCACUCAUUCAUUCAUUCGUUCAUGCAUCACCCGCAGAUAAUACUCGGACUUCUGAGCCAUUAUAGCGGAACGCUUCUGAAUGUCAUAAAGAAGGGGCCGCCACCUCAAAGCAGGGGAGUAAGCAUGCAGAAUUUCGGUGGAUACGAUAGCGAUGAUGAAGGUACUUGUUUUUUUUUGAGCACGACAAGCAACGAUCCGUCGUGAAUGAUAACGAAUAAGACUACUUGUAGCAUCGGAAUGAACAAAAGCAAAGUAAGUAGACAAGAAAUAAAACGUGUUUCUCAUCCUGGAGCACUAGUUGUAGAGCGUAUAAGCGAAGAUGCAAUGGAGCUUAACCGCGUGUCAACAAAUAGAAGUAGCUUCGACAACAUCAUGACUAGAAAGCACCUUUUAUAGCUUUAAGUCCUUAAUACGUCGGAGCUUCUGAUUGCUUGGUAGGAGCAUCAAUGAAGAUCCAUGUACAACUUUUCCAAUCAGAUGCAGAGGAGGAGAAAGUGACAAUCUGCAACAAAACGUGCCUGCUACUUUCGAUUGCAAGCGUAGUCAUCGUUGGGGCGUUGAUUGGGAUGAUUGUUCUCGUAGUAAGAGUGCGAUCAACUACGCUAAUUAAUGGUACAACUGGUGCUAACGGAGCUCCAUCUGGUAAAUCUCCACUCCAAAAGGGGAACGGAUAACUUCAAUUCUGAAGACAAAGAAAGAGAAGUUCUACCCCAGCUUUGUCACAAAUACGGUCCCACACCAUAGUACCCUCUCCUGUCCAUCUCUUCACAUGAAGAUUCCCACUCAUCUCACGACCCCGUGGCAUGCGCAUAGUACUUCUAAAGUUAGUUGUAGGCAAAAACACUUCCAUACAUUUCUUAUUCCCGCAUAAGCUUUAUUUGUAAGUUCUAUCGUACGACACAGCAAUUUAUUGCCAUUUCCAUCCCACAUUCAUCCCCACAUGAAUUUUCGAUGCAUCAUCUAUCAUGUUAGAAGCACACAAGGUCCGCAGAAGAUCAGGAACAUACACAUUUGUUUGACGUAGCUACAACAUCAUGCAUGUUGGCGCAUGCAGUAGAUCACAGGGCAACACAGUGAUCAUAGGAAAGUAUUUCCUAUGCGUCGGGACAUCAACACAAAAGUGGUCUAGUUGUUGUGUCGACGCCUUAUAGGCAGUGCCUCGUUGCGCCUCAUCAAUACGUCGGCUUCUUUGAGGUUCUUGCAGAUCAAGAUGAAAGCGUCACGUUGUAUUAACUUUCGACCAGUGCGUGUUGGACUUGGAGCAGAUAAAAGAGGGGCAAGCCCAAGGCUGUCGCUGCUGAGCGUCUAUUUUCACCUUUUCUAACGAAUCUCCAUCUCGAUGAUUAAGUAGGCGGGUGCUAGUGGUAGAUGUAGAUCAGAAGAUCUUGCAAGGACCUUGGUAGGCCUAUCUCUAUCAUACGUUUUAUUGCGUAGUAACAGCAUCCCAGCACCAGCUGUCUAGAGUUGUG